AUGAUCGCUUUGGAGCAACGGAAGUUGAUGUAGGCGUCUUUUGUUUAUUAUGGCAUUUAGAAUUGAAAGGUGGAUGAUGGUAAUAGGAGUGAGCGAUAAGGGGACUGAAUUCUUGCUAAAAUUAGUCCUCGGUCUGAGUGUUUUUGGAAGAACGCGAGAGUUUAUACCAGAAUUUUUAGUUAAAAUCUAAUCAAACUGAUAUAUUGGCAGUUAUAAGGAGUGUAAUGUAAGAGGGGAUGUAUUGGGAUGAAUUGAAUGCCUAUUUAUUGAAGAUUUCUUCUUUAUUGCUUUUUGGUUUCAGGAUUCCAAACGGCUCGGAGAGUGAGAAGCAUAACGAAGACGACGUCCCCCGUGCCCAUUACGGCGGCACAACGCCAGCUUCAAUGCCGGAAAUGAACCACCAAGGUGGAUCUCAAAGAAGUUCAAGAGGAUCGCCGGCAUUGGGCUCAGUUAUGGAUCCCUUGCUCUACGAAGAAAGUCCUAUCAGCAAAGAUCGACGGAAGUUCCUUAUCGUUUGUGUGUUUGACUCAGUAUUGACGACAAUGUUAUGGCUUUUGAGCACGGUAAGUUCUUUUUAUUACUGUUUUCCGCCUUUAGGUCCUGACAGAUGAAAGCGUCGAAUCCUUGAAAAUUGGGUAUUUUUUAUCGAUUAGAGUCGAGAAGAUAACAUCUCGAAAUUACUCCUACGUUUUUGAAUGAAGCGGAAAGAAAAUGAAGGGGAGAGAGAUAAUUGGUAUAGCUGGCAGAGGAGUCCGACGUUGAUUAUGAGUCAAAAGAUAGUCUGUGGGUUUAUUUUUGGCUCUAAAUUAAAUUCAGAAACUAAUGAGAAACGGUUACAUACUCAAAUUUAUACAAAUUAUUAUAUCAGAUCUUUUAUCACAUAGCUAAAUAAAUUAAAUUUAACAUGUAAAGGCCAUAUAUUCAUGAGAUUUUCGUGAUGAUUGAAGCCAGUUUUCUUCUGGAAAUGCUUGUUUUCUCGGAUUCAAACGGUUUUUCGGCGGUUUCUGUGGAUUCUUCGACGUGAGCGUCUCCUGCAAGAUAGUGGUUGUUUCGGUCAAAAAAUGGUUUAUGUCCCGCUAUCGGAAAAGACAGUUUUGAAAUAGCACUAUUUCAUUUUCAGGUGACGAAAGGAGAUGAUUGGCCAGCUAUUUUUUUCACCGAAGUCAACAUUUUCGAGCCCAAUUUCUUGAAGAUCUCCCUGUUUGAUCUGGUAAUCGUGGGAGUUCUUCGAACGGCUCUACUCCUACUUUUCUUCGCGGCCCUCCGAUCCGAACACUGGCUUCCCGUUGCCUUUACAACUACAGUAACCACUGGCUUCAUCGUUGUGAAGAUUCUAUUUUUUUUCAAAAAGGAUCACGGAGCCCUGCCUCAAUACCUUGUUCUUCUGGCAUCCUUCUCCGUGGCCUGGUUCGAACUUUGGCUGGUCCCAUUCCGAGUGUUGCCUGGGGAAAGACGUGAUGUUGUCGAAGAUUCAGAGCCUUCUGUUCGACAUUCCGACGCCACAUCGUCAGGUUUCCGGCGAAAUAAACGCAUAAAUGACACGACAAGGUGAGAUCCGAACUUUUUUACCUAAAAAUAUUGAAAUUGUGUUCUCAUUUGAUCUUCAUAUGGGAUGAUCUAUUAUAUAUCUAUUUCCAGAAGGUAUCCAGUCACUACGGACGAUGACUUCAGGUCCGCAUUGGAAUACACAACAGGUAAGGUGUUCAGAAUGGGUUGAAUUGAUCGGACUUACCCUUUCUUUGAGCGGCGUGUCUUUAUUCAUCUCCUUUUCCUUCUUCCUUGCUUCUUUUUUCUCUCGUUUCUCUUGUUUUCUUUUCUCUUUUAUGUACAAAACGUGUCUGAAAUUCCUUCCGUAUUUCCUUCCCAUCCUCAAUUCGUAGAUGAUCUGUGCUCUUCUUUCGUCGACGGAAUGAAUUUUUGGCGGCUUCAUGUUGAAAUAAUAGCUCUCGUCAUCGUAAUACAUUCUAAAAUAGAUGUAAUGUUAGUCGGGGUUCUAAAUUUGAAGGGAUCUCUGAUUAAGCGGGCAUUUUAAAUUGGAAGAAAGUAAAUUAUAUUGUUUGACGUUUAGAAGGUGAUAAACACACGAAAUAAACCAAGAAAAUAUUGGAGUUUAAAACGCAAGAGGAAAAGACUAAUUUUUUAUACGAUAUGACGCCACAUUAGUCUUCGUUUUGGCAGAGAUAUCAUUAAUAAGUUAUAUAUUUUUUAUUAUUCAAAUUGCAGAUGAAGAGCGGACCCCGGGUGCCUCGAAAAACAAGCAAAUUACAAUCCCCGGCUUUGGAAAUGUAGACCGACAAACCGCCUUGGGCAUUCUGACCGAUUCCUCACAACAGCUGGCUCAAUUACUGAACGAAGUCCCGUUAUGGAAGUCGAUGAAGAACUCGGAUCCAGUGAUUCGCAGCCGGGACGCAUUGUUUUACAUCAGAGCCGAAUUCCAUACGGAUCCGAAGACUCUGUUCUUGGCUGCUUGGAGAGACAACUGUUUAUGGAAUCCCCAGGUGAAGAAGAUGAACUAUUUGAUCAAAAUAGAUGCCCAGACCGAUGUAAUACAUCUGGAGACACAACCGGCAUUAGGUGGAUAUAUUGCCUCAAGGUAAGAAAGGCGUGAAGUUUAAAUCCGGGGAAUAAAACAGAAAUUAGUCUCAGGAAUAACAUCACAUGGUCAGAGAGUUAAUUUGAGGUAGUUUUUCAACCCAGAAUUUGUUCAAAACGUUAACAAUCAAUUGACUGAUAAUGCGGAUUAUUGUAAAAGGGAAGGAAGAACGUGAUUAAAGGGGUGUGGAAAGAAUUUGAGGACUCUCUGAACUACGUCAAAGGUCCUAACAAAAACUUGAUUAGACAUAGACAGGAGGGUGGAAAGAUCAAUCGAACCUUGGAAUUGCUUGUUUUUAGUGUUACUGUAGAUAUUGCCAGUGGUAAUUGAAAUAAAAUCUGAUCUUAGGUUUAGGAAAGCGAGGUGUCCUUUUUGAAAAUCAAUUGAAUUUUGCAAAGUAUAACUCCCGAUAAAAUGAAAGGACCAAAAAUAAUCAGCGAACAAACUGAACGAAAAAACAGGGUAAAUCAUAAUAUAAAAAAGAUCUAAAAAUGGAAAGAUACUCAAAUUUGAUGAGAUAGGGCAACUACAACAUACUGAUAGAUCCGGGUAGACAUUUUACAAAAAGAAAGACAAAGAAAUGCUAACAGAAAUAAAAUUAUUCGGUACUUCCGGUGGAAGCCAAACGAAAAAAAAACAAACAAAACAGAUGGAUUUAAUAUUGCUUUAGUGAAAAUGGAUAGAAAAUGAUAACAAAAAAGGACACGAUCAGAGGGUCACAUAAUCUAACUUUUUCAAAUUUCAGACAUUUUGUGGACAUUCGUCGAGUGAUUUUCGAGCCCGAAACCAACGCUUAUACCUGUGUCUACACCUCAAUCCCCACCCCGCUGAAGCCCGAAGAAGCCCAAGGAGGUGUGAGGUAAGUGAAUUGAAGUUUGGAAACACGAAAAAAUUUAAAUUCGGAGGCGAUUAAUCGAAAAGAAAAGCGAUACUCGGAGGAAGUAACGGUCGUCAAAAACAGAUCGUUACUGUGUUAUGACAGCAAGCCAUUGAUGGGGUUGGGGUUACGUCGAGAGUGCAGUAAAUGGUGACUUCUUUGAGAGGAACCUGAUAUGGCGAAACGAUCUUUGGACUAACUACUCCGAAUCUAAGAAAAAUAUGUUGGGCAUAAAGGUUACUGUAGGUUGAACUAUUGGUCCCUUUUAGUAAUGGAAAUGUUUCAAUAGUUAAUUGAGAUAGAAAAUAGUGAAAUGCACCAGGGUUGACAGUUGAUUACCUAUUUACCUAUUUGUUUCUCUCAACUCCAACCUGGGUUUUCCCAGCCUAUCAGACCUCUAAAAGUCGUCUUAUACAACAAGGCUGGCAUUAAAAAAUAGUGGGACGAUUGAUCGAUGAAACGACGGAGCUUGCAAGGAAACUGUAAUUUGUUGGUUUACAAUAAAUUAAAGGGAUUAAAGUUUCGCGAUUGAGAGAUUACGAAGAAUCAAAUAAGAAUUUAAUUGCAAGUUGGUGUAAACGACAUAUCUGGGCAUCAGAAAGCGAUAGACAAGCCCAGUUGAUGUAUGACUGAAGUCUUUUCUGGAUAAAAAGAGUGUAAAUCGAAGGUGGAAGUCAAUCAGUUUACAAAAACAGUUCGAUCAUUAAAUGUUGUGACUUGUAGACUGAUGAAUGUGAUAUAACCAUGGUUUUUGUUGACGCAAUACUCCCCGUUCCACAAAGAAAAGAUCAAUGAGGUAUCAGUGGGGUUCGUACAGCUGUAUUUCCAAAUAAUUUAUUCAAAAGUUUAUUCUUUUGGGCUUUCCAAACUGAUGGGAUAAUUUAUUUUAAAAUGCUAAGCCAGUGUAGUAGUCGAACAAACAAGGAACAGGGUUUAGAAUUUUUUGAUCAGCCCCUGGAGGUCACUAAACGAAGAUAAGAGAUUCAAGAAAUUAUUUGCAGGUAUUUAAAACAUAAAUCACUUGCUUCAAAUGGUGUUAUAAGGCGAUUUUGCAAAGUUGCAAAUGUGGAAUGAAGGCCUUAUUAUUUCCGGAGGAAGUUGGUUAUCAUUAGUUACAUCACUUUGGACUAUUGGCAUGAUCGAGUCAUGCAUUCAUUUGGUCCGUUUGUCUUUUGGUUCAAUGCCAUUUGGUCUAUUGUUCUUCUCAGUUGCUGUUUGAAUAUCAUUUCCCCGUCCACGUGAUCGCAGUGAUUGAAGAUUUCCAAACUUCAGCCCAAGACAGAAAAUUUUUUUUUUGAAUUAAGCCAUGUUAUAUCUUGCGUAUAAAGAUCCAUUACUUUCAGAGGCCACAAUCAUCCCAAUCUCCUUCGAAUAGCCCCAUCAACGAUCAACGAAGGAGUCUCCAUAUUUGAAUGGAUUAUGAAUACGGAUGUGAAGAGUAAUGUCCCCAAAGCCCUCAUGAAACGAGGCACCGUAUCCUUCUUGUCGGCCUAUCCGAAACUUUUGGAGGCUUACAUCAAGGAGCGUAAAGAAUUUUACGAAAAUGAGGUUGUAUGA